AUGGAUGUGAUCUGGACUCUAGUUGUGUUUUCAGGAGUUGUGUUUUUUCCUGUGCCUGGUUCAACUCAGGAUUCACGGAGGACAUUGUUUCUGAUCUCGGUUCCGGAGGUGUUGCAUGCUGGGACCCCAACUCCGCUGGCUGUCACCGUCCUGGCUGACUUCCCUGGCCGGGUGAUGGUUGAGGUCAAACAUGGCAGCAUGGUAUUCACCAAAACAGAGGACUUCAAGGAGAUUCAUGAAUCUACUUCCCCGAAUUCCCUCUUAAACUUGACGGUAAGGGGAUACAAAGAGGAUAAUCUAAUUUUCACCAACACCACCACCGUCACAUUCAACCCGAGGAACGUCUCCUCCGUUAUUCAAACCGACAAAUCGUGCUACCAACCAGGCGACACCGUCAGAGUCAGAGUUGUUUCUGUACAGUUGAAUAACCAUCCCUACAAAGGCAGAGUGGAUAUCUCUAUACAGGAUCCCACGGAGAAUGUUGUCUACCAGUGGGAGUCCACAGGGAAUCUGGGGAUUGUGUUGCGGGAAUUCAGUUUAUCCCCAACGUCUCUUCAUGGACAUUGGACAAUCACAGCUGCAGUGAAUGGUGUGAUUGAUGAGAAAGCAUUCAUUGUGGAGCAUUAUGACCCUCCUCACUUUGAAAUGCUCUUCAAGACACCUUUACAGAUCCUCGUUGGAGAUGACAUCUCAGGAUCAGUGAGAGCACUUUACCCCAGUGGACAGCCUGUACGGGGAACACUGACCAUCUCAGUCUCUAUGGCGUCUGAUGUGCACAAUACAGCAUAUACAGAGACUGUGACACAAACUAAAUUGCUUUAUGGUUCAACCCAGUUUGUCUUUGGCAAAGAAAAGCUUCAAGGCAUUAGCGGUCGUGUCAGAGUUGAUGCCUUUGUUACUGACAUCCCUAAAGGAUUUAAAGUGAACAAAACAGUUGAAGUUGACAUCAUGACGAAGAUGUUCCAGUUAACAUUCCAUGAUUUUCCAUCUACACUAAAGCCAUCUCUACACUUCUCUGCAAAACUAAGGAUCUCCAGGUAUGACAGAAAUCCGCUCAGCUCACAGGAUCUAAAACCUUCCGCUGUGAUUGAAGUCACUCAGAGUACAAACACAGGGAACGCUGUACCUACAACUCUGACUCUGCCAGUCCCUGAGGAUGGGAACAUCCACAUUCAGUUUGAAUUACAGGAUCAAGUAGACAUGCUUUUUAUUCAGGUGAGCAAAAUUCAAUCCAGUGAAGAGACUCUGACUGUGUACAAGAACCAGCCCUCUCCUAGUGGCUCAUAUAUUCAGAUCUCACCGGUCAGCACCACACCUGCGCAGAUUGGAUUGCCUCUUCUGCUACAAGUGAAGAGCACAUUAAAACCUACUGGGCUUCACUUUUUGGUGAGUUCUAGAGGUCAGGUGGUGUCCGCUGGAACAAAGAAUUCCUCCUCUUUUUCUCUGACCCCGACAUUGUCCUGGUCCCCAGAGGCCUGCGUCACUGUCUACUGCAUCCUUUCUGAUGGAGAGGUCGCCAGCGACACAGCGCACAUACCCAUCAACAAACACAACGAUGUAUCUCUUAGCUGGAACAUUAAUAAAGCCCAGCCAGGGGAGCAGGUAUGGCUCACCGUGAAUGCUCUUGAAACGAGAUCCCAGGUAGGAAUCGUGGUGAUAGGGGAGCAUGACGGUGGUCCGCAGGCUGACCUGGACUUAAAAGUGGAGAAGCAGGAUUGUAAUAUUAGGAUGUUAACCAAUGCCAGACUUUAUAAGAAAAAGCAGCCUGAUGGACCGGAAAAUGGAGAUGCCCAAGUGGUAGAGAGGUUUUGGAGCCGUUGGAUGGAUGCCAGUGAAUCCCUGCUUUGGUUCAACACAAUUAUCAGUGACCAACCAAUAAAAAGUGAGAAAAUAACUGUGCCAGAUGGUGUCACGUCUUUGAGAGCUGCUGCACUGGUGAUUUCAGACAGCCUGGGUUUGGGCUUCACUCCUGUGCCACAAAAGUUGACCGUGUCCAAAGAUUUCUCCUUGUCUUUGGAUGUCCCAUCAUACCUCAUCAGAAGAGAGGAAAUUGUGCUGGAGGUGAACAUCAUCAACCACUUAGAUUACGACAUACAGGUCAUUCUGCUGCUAGCAACCAGUGAGGCCUACGAGUUUGUUUUGGCAGACAAAGGGGAUGUGUCGGUGGUAAAUGCCCAGAAACUCACCUUAGGUAGUCAUGUGUCUGCUUCAGCUCUGUUUCCCAUAAGGCCUGUGGCUCUAGGUGAGAUAGAAAUAUCUGUAGACGCCGUAUCUGCGGAGGCUUCAGACAGCCUUGUUUGGAGAGUGCUUGUGAAGCCUGAGGGAGUUGAACAGUCCUUCUCAGAGACUCUGUUCCUGGAGGUAGAACCGUUGAAGUUCAACAGCUCUACAUCCAUCUCCUUCUCCUUUCCACCAGAUGUGGUACCGGGCAGCCAGAGGGCCCAUGUGGCAUUGGUUGGAGACAUCUUGGGCUUUUCUAUCAGGAACUUGGGCUCUCUGCUUCAGAUGCCUCUUGGUAAUGGGGAGCAGAACAUGAUCCACUUUGCUCCAAAUAUCUAUGUUCUCCAGUACCUGGACAAAUCAAUCCAGGACGAUGUAGAGAUCAGGAGCAGGGCUCUGGGCUACAUGUUGGAAGUAUAUCAGAAACAACUGUCCUACCAACGAGAGGAUGGUUCAUUCAGUCCUUUCGGAGCCAGCGACACCUCCGGUAGCAUAUGGUUGACGGCCUUUGUGCUGAAGUGCUUCCUCCAGGCUAGGCCCUACAUGCAGGUAGACCAGAGUGUCCUGACCAGGGCCGUGACUUGGCUCUUGAAACACCAGGGACCCCAAGGAGAGUUCAGGGAGGUGGGCAAGGUAAUCCACACGGAGAUGCAGGAAGCACUGGAUAAUGGUCAGGUGGCACUCACUGCCUUUGUAAUGAUGGCACUGCUGGAGGACGACAGCUAUGCGGAUAUGUACCCAGGGAAUCUGUCCUUGGCCCAGAGCUACCUGGAGAACAAAGCGGCCAGCGGAGGGAUCAGUAACUACAGCCUGUGUCUGACGGCCUAUGCUUUAGCUCUGGCCAAUAGUCCUGCAGCCGAACCUGCCCUGGAUAAAGUCAGCAGCAGAGCUGAUUACAAAGCUGGAGUCAUGAUGUGGACCUCCUCUGCUAGCCUGGAGCCACAUAACUUGAAGCCGAGCUCAGCACAGAUCGAGAUGGCCUCUUAUGUGCUCCUUGCUCUUUAUAAGCGCGGCAGCUUCGUGGAGGCCAUUCAACUCUUGAUAUGGUUAGCAAAGCAGAGAAACCACCUAGGAGGCUACAGGACAACACAGGACACAGUAGUUGCCCUCGAGGCUCUGGCGUGUUACGCUGCCUUCAGUGGUGCCAACGCCAUCGACCUCAGGCUCAACAUAACCGCCCCAGAGUCUCAGUUUUCAUCACUCUUCAGCAUCAACUCCUACACCUAUCUGACCUAUCAGAGCCGAGAGAUCAAUACUGAUACAGAUAUAAACCUAAAUAUAUACAUGGAAGGAAGAGGAUUUGCAGUAUUUCAGAUGAACAUAUUUUACAACCUGGACAGCAAAGUUUUUUCACAGAUCCUCCAGCAUGACAAACAGGAGGAGGCUUUCACAUUAGAUGUUGACGUUACUGAUGAAAUAGACCACGAUCACCUGAUGUUAUCCAUAUGUACGAGAUUAAAGAACAGUGUGGUGGUGUCUCAUACUGGCAUGGUGAUUUUGGAAGUGGGCAUGCUCAGUGGUUUCAGUCUCUCUCCUGGAGCUGCUGCCCCAACAGAGCUCAUCAGAAAGGUGGACAUACUGCCUGAGAAAGUCAGCUUCUAUCUAGAUUCACUUAACAAGUCAGAGGUUUGCAUCAUACUACCACUCAUCAGAAAAUACAAAGUGGCCCGCGUGCAUGACGCUAUGGUGAAGGUUUACGACUACUCUGAACCAACGAGAGGAGCAUCCCAGACAUACAACUCAGAUGACCUGCACAACAUGAAAGCCUGCUCCUACUGUGGUGAAAACUGUGAUCGCUGUAGGCCAGGAAUCACCAUCACCAUGUCCUCCCCGCUGCUAUCCAGCUCCAAAAGCAGCAAUGACUACAGCAUACCUUGCCUUUUUCUCUGUGUCACUGCUCUUUUUAUUAGAGUCUAAAUAGAGUAAAUGUUAUGUAAGAAGUAGUGAUGUAAUGUUAGCAGGUACAUGCACUGGAUGCAAUUUCAAAUGUUUUUAAAUUUGGUAUUGCCAAUAUAAUUAUACCUUGACAAGUGAUUGUAAUAUUUAGAGGCCUCUUUGGCUACGCCCACAUGCCUUCUGCUGUUUAUGAAUAGAUUCUCUACUAAUGCCAUUUUCUAUUUGAUUUCAUGAAUAAAAACAUUCAUUGAUAAUUCUUGUUCAGUUGGCAGCAGAACAAAUAAAACAAGUCAUUCCUCAGUACCAGAAACCUAAACUUAGAACAUUUUAAACUGUCUGAAGACAUAAAAGCUACAAUAAUAUUCAUUCUGAAACCUGAAUGUACUUUUUUGUUUUGAUGGUUUAACAUGUAACACUGCAACUUGAGUUUGGUACAAAUAUGGCACCAAGAAGAGCAAAGCGAGUGAAACAUCAUUUGGAGACAAUUUUACUCUGCCACGUCACGAAAACUCUGAGCCAAAGGAAUGCAUGCUGACCUGCACAGAGAACUCACACAUGCAAGUCAUCACCAGAGAGAGAAAUCAGGUUAGACGUCGCUGACACUUCUUGAAAUAUGAAUGUUAUUCCUUAAGAUUUCAUCCUACUGUGCAAAGUCCAUGACAUAUCUCAUUUUGUUUCACACCAUGUUUGCUGAUAAAUAUUCUGUCAUUUUACUCUGACAGGUUGUAACUUUAGAAGUAAAGCGAUAUUAGGGUCUGCUCCGGUGAUGGGAGCUGGAAAUGAUCUUUGACCUCUCUGAACCUUUUUGUUUUCCCUUUAAGAAAGAAUUAUGUUCAUGUUUUAAUUGCAAUGCAUAUCUGUUUUAUGUGCAAGAUGUUGUACAGGGCAUGUUGGGUAAAGACAUUUCCCUCAAGGGGCAAUAAAGC